UCUUGCUGUAUCUCUUUGGCACUCAGUGGAUUCCCUGCCUGGACUCCAGUGGGACGGGGAAGGAUAGGACGGGAGGGGCUUGCCUGGGGGAGACCUGCUCUGGCUUCAGAGCCAUGACAAGAGCCAUAUCCAAGGAUGGAGAGCCCAAUGGGGCCACCACAUCUCCUGAAGAGAUAAAAACAGAGGAGAUGGAAGAGAGAGGCCAGUGGAGGAACAAAAUGGAGUUUGUGCUGUCUGUGGCUGGGGAGAUCAUCGGCCUGGGAAACGUGUGGAGGUUCCCCUACCUCUGCUACAAGAACGGUGGUGGAGCCUUCCUCAUCCCCUACCUCAUCUUCCUCUUCACCUGUGGGAUCCCCCUGUUCUUCCUGGAGACGGCGCUGGGGCAGUACACGAGCCAGGGAGGGGUGACGGCCUGGAGGAAGAUCUGCCCCCUCUUUGAAGGAAUUGGAUAUGCCUCCCAAGUCAUUGUGGGAUACCUGAAUAUCUACUACAUCAUCAUCCUGUCCUGGGCACUCUUCUACCUCUUCAGCUCCUUCACCUCAGUGCUGCCAUGGGCCAGCUGUGGUAACUCCUGGAACUCAGAUCUCUGUAUGGACAUUCUGAAUAGAUCCAGCCUGGACAACAGGACCUUGCCAGUGAAUGCCACCUCCUCAAUGAUUGAGUUUUGGGAGAGAAGAGUCCUGGGGCUCACGGAUGGCAUUGACAAGCUGGGCACUGUGCGCUGGGAGCUGGCUCUGUGUCUCCUGCUGGCCUGGAUCAUCUGCUACUUCUGCAUCUGGAAAGGGGUCAAGUCCACGGGAAAAGUCGUUUACUUCACUGCCACCUUCCCCUAUGUGAUGCUCCUCAUCCUGCUGGUUCGAGGGGUGAUGCUGCCAGGGGCUGCUGAGGGAAUCAUCUUCUACCUGAAGCCUGACAUCUCCAGGCUGACAGAUCCACAGGUCUGGAUGGAUGCAGGCACUCAAAUCCUCUUCUCUUAUGCCAUCUGCGAGGGGUGCCUGACAGCUCUGGGCAGCUACAACAAGUACACCAACAACUGUUACAGGGACUGCAUCCUGCUCUGCUCCCUGAACAGUGCUACCAGCUUUGUUGCUGGCUUUGCCAUUUUCUCUGUGCUGGGCUUCAUGGCUCGAGAGCAGGGCGUUCCUAUUUCACAAGUGGCUGAAUCAGGUCCUGGGCUGGCUUUCAUAGCAUACCCAACAGCAGUAACAAUGAUGCCCGUGUCUCAGCUCUGGUCCUGCCUCUUCUUCCUCAUGCUGAUCUUCCUGGGACUGGACAGCCAGUUUGUCUGUGUGGAAAGCCUGGUGACAGCUAUUAUUGACAUGUUCCCAGGAGUGUUUCGGAAGAAGGGGCGCCGGGAGCUGCUGAUCCUGGCCAUUGCUGUCAUGUGCUACCUGCUGGGCUUACUGCUGGUCACCGAGGGUGGCAUGUACAUCUUCCAGCUCUUUGACUACUAUGCUGCCAGUGGCACAUGCCUGCUCUUUGUGGCUGUUUUUGAAGUCAUCUGUAUAGGAUGGGUGUAUGGUGCCGACCGCUUCUACGACAACAUUGAGGACAUGAUUGGCUUCCGGCCGUGGCCCUUGAUCAAGAUCUGCUGGCUGGUGUUCACCCCAGGGCUGUGCUUGGGCGUUUUCCUCUUUUCCCUGAUCAAGUACACACCCUUGAAAUACAACAAUUCCUACGAGUACCCACCCUGGGGCUACAUGCUGGGCUGGCUGAUGGCACUCUCCUCCAUGGUCUGCAUUCCUCUCUAUGCCAUCUUCAUCCUCCUGAAAACCAAAGGACCCCUGAAACAGCGGCUGAUGCAGCUGCUGUCCCCGGCUCAGGACCUGCCGCAGCCCGGGAGGAAGCGCAUGGGGCCGGCUGCUGUGAGCCCCGAGGGAUGGUCCCCGCCAGUCCAGGAGGUGCUCAGCAUCACAGAGAGAGAAACACACUUCUGAGGAUGGGAUGUUUCCUCCGUAACCCAGACUGGUUCGCUCUCUGCUUCCCAAAGCGGUUUCUUCUCCCUUCUCUCGCUCACAGCUGGGUCAGUUCCUCUCCUCGCAGCCAGCUGUUCGCACCUCUGGCAGCAGAGCUUCUCUGACACCCUGGGGACAGCUCCUCCUCCAGCACGCCUUUGUCAGAAGUGCCCUUCAUUACUGACACCGCCUGCGGAGAGAAAAACAACAUUGUAGCAAAAAAAAAGAAAAACAAUGGAAAAAAAAAAAAAGAAAAAAAAGGGGGGGAAAGUGCAUUCCUGUUGGGAGAAGGAAAAGAAACCACGGUGGUGAGGGUGGUGAGAGAGAGCAGAGAUUAAAGGUGUGAAGGAACCAAGUUAGGGAUGCAAAAGCAUGAAAUGAUGGGGUGUCAGCUCAGGAAAUAAGUAAGCUGGUUCAGUAGUACAUGAGAAGCUGGAGGAUGAGAAAGGAAAGUGCAUUUCUAGGCCACCUCUGUACAGGGGAGAGAGCCAGGAACAUGUCACAGGCAGUGACAAAAGGAGGCUGCAGUGCCAGCAGCCACAGCUUCAGCUGUCAAUGCAAUCCGAGCUGCUGCUGCUGCUGGAUCUCAGGGCACCCUCAGCCUGGAAAAGGGGUGAGGAAUGACCACCUAGGGGACUUGCUCUUGGUCAGAACUGCACAGCCCAGUGAAAACCUAUCCAAGAGUGAAACCCAUGAAUAUUUGACAAUUCUGUCAGAAAAUUCAUGGGGUGCAAGAAAAGUCCCAGAGCAGCUGGUAAGAAAAAGAGCUGCAGCACAGCUGGGAAAAUGAGACCCUGAGGAAUUGCACGCCCACAAAUUUAACUGCACUGCUGGGGCAUUUUGUAGAGGGAUUAUUGAAGGAGUUGAUGGGCCUGAUCCUGUGCUGCAGAGUGGCUUUGGGAAGAGGGUGGGAGAGCGAUUGCACUGCCUUGGCUUUGUGCAGAUGACUGCUCAGGGGAUAAGGAAAACAUAAUCGAGCGCAAUAAUCAUCAGCUCAGGCAAGAUAAAGCAAAGCUAAUAGGUAGUAUGGGCUCAUUGGAAGCAGAUCGUGUCGAAUUAAAGUUUGGUUGUUGCCAGGGUAGUCAAAAAUGUGAGGCAAUGGGUGGGAGGAAAUGUGCUCUGAUGGCGGGUUUGGUGCAGUGCCAGAUGAGUGUGUCCUGUGGAGGCUGGGGCUGUAGAGCUCCCUGCCAAACCCCGCUUCAAUGCCUGUCCAAAAUCCACAGCCAAACCCAGCAGAGGAGCCAGCGGCAGGAGCCCGGCCGCGAUCGAGGGUCCACGCGCCGCUGCGGUUCUGGCACCUCCAGCCACGCCAGAGAGUGGCCAUCAGAAUGAAUCCCAGAUGCCACAGGCUCCUUUCCCUUGGUCCUUGUUCCAAGUAAUUGCUUUUGCCCGUGCUGAGCGGAGAUAAACCACGGGCGCCGGCAGCAAGCGCGGAACUCGGGCCUGGUCUGAGCUCGGCACCUGCUGCCAUCGCUAUGGGAACCUUAUCUGCUGCAGCUGCCUCCAACUGCACAGCUAGCACAGGGCAAGCCUCCCCCGCUUCAUUUCCUUCCCUUUAAAAACUACAGACUACAGACUGACGCUGAAAUGAGCGCUGGAAGUCAAGUACCAGGAUUUGUACCUCUCUGGGAAAUUAUCGUUUGAGAUGUUUUCCUGUGGAAGGUGGAGGAAGCUGGCAGACCUGGUUCACAUUCCCUGCAAAGAGCUGCAGCACCACAUAGGACACCAUUUAUUGUGUCUGUAUUUUGUAAAGAGCUGAAUGUCAUACUGCAAAUAGCUGUGGGAAGAGCUGAGCACCCAGAGGCUCGCAGUCAGGGCUGGUGGUAAGCAGUUUGGUGAUUUCUCCUCUCCCUCCCACCAGUGUUGCUCAUCAUUUGGUGGGGGAAGAACCUCCCCAAUCUUGAUUCUUGCACAGUCCUUGGUAGGACCUUUAGCCCCUUUGCUCCUGCUGCCAUGCCUUUGAGAUGUGAGCUAGUGUCGUGCUGCCAGAGGAGUAAUGGAGAUGUGCUCACUUCUUUUUCUGAGGCAGCUGAGUAACACUGAAAAAAUCCUAGACAGAAACAAAUAACUUUUCAGUCUGGAACACAGAUGUGGUGCUGUGUUAUUGACUGCAUGAACCUGUUCCUCUUGCUCAUGUAUAAUCUGACAAUAGCAUCCCACCUCUGCCAGGAAGCAACUUAUUUUAAUAAAGCUAGAGGAGGUAUUGCUGUGCCCAUUGAAAACAAUCAUAAAAUUAUCAGGACCAGGAAAUUAAUCCAGUCUCUUUGGAUGGAAUUGACAAAGUUUCAGGAAUUUUAAGUCAAAGCUCAGUGACCCAGUGUCAUUUAAUUCCCUUUCCUUUAAAAACGAAACCACCCAGCUGGGGGAAGAGGGGGGAAUGCCAGCAGAGGCUGACUUUUGCUACGUGACCCCAGCACAAUCAGAGACUGAGCAGUGCUUUGUUAAAUUUCUACAAAUGUCUCAGGCACUCUGCAGGCACGUGACAGAUCUGACAGGUCUCCACCAGCUCUGGAACUGGGCACCUCUGGAGACCUCUGAGUCUGAUGGGAAAGAGCUCCUGUCCUGCACACCACCAGGAAUACACUGCUGAAGGGCUGGUGUGCACAGGAGGGAGAGAUUUGGGGUUUUUCCCCUGUAAUUGUUAACAACAUGCCAAGACAUGAUGCAUUUGAGGCUGAAAUCCAAGAGAAAAUAUGAGGUUUUCAUACUGUGCUGCUCCUCCCAGCUGGAAUUAAAACACUGUACAGAAGAAAGGACACCUAUAAACACCUAACUACCA